AUGAAUCGCUCCGCCGAACGCCCCGUGUCAGCCGACCUCGCGGGCAGCAUCUUUCUCAUCACCUCCGAUGGAAAGACGUUGAAGCUUCCCAUGCCUAGCAACUCGCCCAAUGACCCAUUGACCUGGUCUUUGCGAAAGCGAAUCGUCGCAUUAACCGUCAUCACGCUGUACUCGGUUGUUUCUAUGAUGGAGACGCAGGCCGCCAGCCUGCUAUACCGCUCGCUCGCUGCGGAGUUCAACGCAGGUCAGCCCGACAAAUACCCCCUGAGCAUUCUCGUCUCGACGCCGAGCACUAUUUUCUUGGGUCUGGGUGCUUUCUUUUGGAUUCCGUUGUCGGUGGCAGUGGGAAGGCGGCCAGUCUUUCUGCUCGCCUCGGUCUGCCUGACCGUCGCCACAGUCCUGGCAGCCAACGCUGCGGGUUUCUAUCAGCUACUAGGAGCAUUGAGUAUGCAAGGCUUUUCGGCUGGCUUAAGCUUGAGUGCCGCCAUGCUCAUGGUGAUUGACCUCACCUUCAUCGACGAACGACCAAAUGCACUGGGAUUCUUCUGGAGUGUGGGCUGUGGCGGGGGUCUUGCCUCAUUACCCGCCGUAACAUACCUGGGGGACUCAGGAUGGAGAGCAUUCUACACGGCCUGGGUGGUCCCCUGUCUGGGUCUGCUCGUCUGCGUCUUCUUCUUCUUCCCGGAGACCUACUUCAUCCGCCCAGCUGUGGCCUUUGAUGGCCAUGUUCUGGUCCAGGGAGGUUCCGAAAAGAUCCAGAUGUAUGACGAUUGGGAGCACGUCCCAGGGGGCAAAGCUGCGGCCAUCGCCGAAGUCACGGCCGUGCCUGUCCUCGAGACGAUGUGGUCAACCAUGGUUCGAUCAUGGGGAGUCCGCAAGGGCGGCGCCGGGUUCAGAGAGAUGUGGAAUUGCUAUCUACAGACGAUGCUCUGCGCUGUCAACCCCCUUGUGUUCUGGGUAGCCAUCUUGAACGCCCUCAACUUUGGGGCGAUGAUCUUCAUUGGCGAGACGUAUGCCGUGGUAAUGUCGCAGCCACCGUACAACCUUCCGGAGCGCGUCAUCUCUUUGGUCAACCCGGUUUCGUCCAUUGGAUCGUUCUUGGCUUGGCCCGUGUCGACCAUCCUGACUUCUCGCGUCGCUCGCCGCCUCACACUCCGUAACGGUGGUGUUCGAGAUGCUGAGCACUACCUCAUCGCCUUCCUUCCCGCCGUGCUGACAGGCGCAGGAAGUGUGUUCCUGUACGGCCUCACUGUACAGUACAAGUGGAAUUUCAUUUGGAUAUUUGUUUCAUAUCUUUUCAAUGCCUUCAGCGCCGCCGCGUACGGCAUCGCAUCGACGCUCUGGGUCACAGAGGCCUUCCCUCGUUGGGCUGCACCGGCCAUGAUCAUCGUCGGCGGGGCGGGGUACAUGUUGAGUUUCGCGACGAGCUAUGCCGUAAGCCCUUGGCUGAAGUCACAGGGUUAUCUUGGGGCCACCUUCGAACUGGGCGCAAUUCUACUUGUUGUGGGUGGCAUCGCUGUGCCGCUCGCGUUCUGGGGGAAGAGUUUGCGUCAGUACAUCCAUGGAAAAUGGGGUAUCUCGGAGGCAGGGGCGUUACGUCCACAGUAG